AUGACGGAGCAUGAGAUUAACCCGGAUUCUACAGACGACGAAAUAGACGAACUAGAAAGAGAGGUCAAAAGAAGGCUGAACGCGGUCGGCGGACUGCUCAAGCUACGCGGCGUGGUUUCAAAGGAGGCAUACAAGGGGCGCUUCGAGGAAGCCAAGGAGGCGUUCGACCAAAUCUCGCAGCACGUUGCACGCGUCCAGGAAAAAAUAGAUCGGGAACUGGCGUUGCUCCACCAGGCCAAGGGAGUGGCAGAGGCAAACAGACUUCAGCAGCUGGUGGUUGAAGAAGUGCACCGCCAGCUGCAAACCUCGGAUACUCUGAGAGCGAUAAGCGAGCUCAGACGUUCGGCGGAAGAAUCCAAAGCUAGAAUUCUGCCGAGGCCGGAAGACGCGGCCGACAACGCUUCGACCAAGAACGAAAACAGGGAAGCAGAAGGCAGGAGCACCGCCGCAAAGCCGACAACUGAACGCUCCGAACGUCCCACGCAUAAUAAUAGACCGGGUAGCAGCAGCAGAAGCUACUCGAGGAACCGCGACACAUUCAACCGCUACAUCUUAUAG